AUGAAAGAUGGGACCUACGUUGUAAAUUAUUCAAUGACCAAUUUUCCUCCAUACGUACCACCUAAUUCUUCUGCCACAAAAUUUACCGGUGACGUUGAAGAUUUUCUACAUGAUCUAACGUUAAAUAAUCCUUCUUCAUCAAUAAAUCUUACAGUGCCAUUUCCUGCAUCAUCUGAAGUUUAUGACUUAAUAAGAGCCCAUACAGAGUGUAGUAAAAGAUUAUGGAAUCAAAUGCUAUUGGAGUAUAAUGACGAUUUUAUUCACGUUCUUUCAUUAAAAGGAAUAUUUCAAUAUAGUUCGCCUAGCUGUCGAAGAAUUUUAGAGUACGAGCCAGAAGAAUUGAUUAACAAAAGUUUAUCGACAAUUUGUCAUCCGAGUGAUAUUGUUCCGGUUAUGAGGGAAUUGAAAGAAUCGUCUAGUGGUAUCGAGGCUGUGAACCUUGUUUAUCGUAUUAGGAGAAAAAAUUCCGGGUAUAUGUGGUUCGAAGCUAACGGUAAAUUGCAUUUGGAACAGGGAAAAGGUAGAAAAUGCGUGUUUUUAUCAGGGCGUGAAAGACCCGUAUAUAAAUUAAGAUGGAGAGAUUUGAUAAGUCCACAACAAAUCAACUUUGGUAUGACCUCUUCAAGUAUCACCACUACCAGUAAUGAUCCUAUAAUAUCAACACCACUACCACUACAGCAAAAGCAGCAACAAUUAUUAUCUUUAUCAUCAAACGAACAAGACGUUUGGUCAAAAUUAUCAUUGGAUGGUUUAUAUUUAUACGUCUCGUCAACUUGUCAAAAUGUUUUGGGUUUAAUGCCUGAAGAAAUAGUGGGAAAUUCUCUCUACAAUUAUGUAAGAUCAGAUCGUACAACCGACAUCACCAGAUCAUUAAAUCAUGCUAAAAAUGGAUUAUCAAAUGGUUUAAAACAUCACAUGCAAAAAAAGAAUGGACAAUUCAUCGAAGUGAUAUCGUAUUUUUAUCCUGGGGAUAAUACUACUUCCAAUAACAAUACUGUCGGUAGUAGACCAACAUUUAUAAUAUGUCAAACAGGAGAAAUAGCAAAUGACGGUAGUGGUGCUGUUGUUGGUAGCGGUAAACGUAGACAAUCUUCCCCUUUGUCGAAUUCACCGGACGAUAAUGUUAUAGCAACUUCAAGUACAGCGGGGGGUGGAAGUAGUUCAACAACUCAUAUAGUAACACAUCAAAGAAAUAUAGCAGUUGACCAUCAACCUGAUGAUAACAUAUUCGAAGAAUUGGACACAACCAGAAGUACAAGUUGGCAAUAUGAAUUACAUCAAAUGAGGUUAACGAAUAAGAAAUUACGCGAAGAAUUGGAAGCUAUUAAACAUUCGAAAAAAAAACGGGUAAUAAGAUCAAGUAAAUCAGCUUUUAAAUGA